UACAAAUAAUUAAUAAUAUUAGUGAGCCAAAAAAUUAAUUCCCUCCUUCACAAAAGUUGACAGAGUACGUGAAAUUGAAAAGCCUAAACCAGGAUAUGGGUUCUGAUCAUCAAGGGCCCCUAAAGCUUCCGGUCCUAGAUUUCUCAAACCAGGAAACUCUGAAGCCUGGAACCAACUCAUGGCUGUCCGCAUGCAAAGAUGUUCAACAAGCACUCCAGGAGUUUGGCUGCUUUAUAGUUUUGUACGACAGAAUCUCGCCGAACUUCCACAACUCUCUUCUAGCUAAUUUGGAAGAACUGUUUGAUCUCCCUACUGAAACCAAAAUGACAAACAAAUAUGAGGCCAAACCCUUAAAUGGGUAUGUUGGGCAGAUUCUCAAACUCCCUCUCCAUGAAAGCAUGGGCAUCGACAAUGCAACUUCGCUGGUGGAAACUCAGAGAUUCACAGAUCUCAUGUGGUCUGGUGGAAAUGAUAAAUUUUGUGAAAGUGCAUAUUCGUUUUCAAAAGUAGCAGAAGAGCUAGAUGCAAUGGUGACCAGAAUGAUCUUUGAGAGCUAUGGCGUGGAGAAGUAUUAUGACUCAUAUGUGGGAUCCGUCACUUAUCUCCUUCGACUGUUGAAAAACAAAUUGCCUCAAGAAAACCAGCCUAACCUUGGAUUCGUUCCUCACACUGACAAGAGCUUCACAACAGUACUUUAUCAGAACAAUCAGAUUCAUGCUUUGGAAGUUGAAACAAGAAACCACGAAUGGUUUAGGGUUGAGUUUCCACCUUCAUCCUUUGUAGUCAUGGCGGGUGAUGCCCUAAUGGCAUGGAGUAAUGACAGAAUAUUAUCCCCGAACCACCGAGUUGUUAUGAGCACUGGGUAUGAAAACGAAGCAAGAUAUUCUAUGGCACAAUUUGCAUUUAGCAAUGGCGAAAUACGAGUACCUGAUGAGCUUGUUGAUGAGGAACACCCCUUACGCUACAAGCCUUUUGAUCAUGCCGGGCUACUGCGUUUCUUUCGUACUGCUGAAGACAACUCAAACUCUGCUAUAAAAGCGUAUUGUGGUGUUUGAAUAGCCUGUAUAUAGCAAUCUCAUAAGUUACGUGUGCUUAUUUCAAGGUUUGCUGAAUUGCUGGUUUGUUUUGAUCGAAUGGUCUGCAUGUAAUCGUUAUUGCUGUGCGGGGCUUUUGCCCUGGCUUGCUGCU